GCAUGCAGGGGAUUUCACAGAUGCCAUCCAGCUAUUAUGCCUAUAAGCCAUAGUGAUUUCCAAGAAAGUCGUGGCUAAAACAGGACUUGCUAGAAGAGCAAAGCUGGUACAGAGACACACCCCAAUCGACCUGUUGGUGGUUCUGAAAAGUACCGAGUCAUGCACAAUUGGCUAAACUUUCUAGAUUUUUAUUUGUUAAAAAAAGGGGGGGUUAAUUGUGCGCAACUGGUUCGGCAGAUCAAAUCCCAAUAAAAUGAGUAUUGUUCAUGACUGCAACAUGAUUUAAAGUGGAGAAAGUUAGAAAAACUGCUCAACGAAUCCUUUUUGAAAUUCGAUUUAGUUAAAUAAACCUUUGGAAAUAAUUGCUGUGAUUUACAGUGAAGAAACCUAUUUCUUAAAAAAUUUCCAAUCUUUGGCAUUUAAUCACCAAUGUUUUCCUUUUUUUUGUCCAGCAGAAUGGAAGAUGAAGCAGUGCUGGACAGAGGAGCGUCUUUUGUCAAGCAUAUCUGUGAUGAAGAGGAAGUGGAAGGCCACCACACUGUGUACAUCGGUGUGCACGUUCCCAAGAGCUACCACCGCAGGAGACGCCACAGACGCAAGUCCAACCACAAGGAGAAACGGGAACGUGUCGAGCAGAUUGUGGGAGCCUACAAGUCCGACGCGGAGAACGCCGACGACUCCUGCACGAGCAUCCUGAAGCCACUCAGUGAGUACAUCUCGAAUUGA